CCACGCCAUUUCUAUUUCCAAUUUAUUUUGUGCACCUCUUUCGCUCCCUUUACUCUUUGCUCAGCUAUGCAACAUUUUAUUGCAAGUGGCAGUUCAGUGCUAUCGACAUCGAGAUUCAGAGCGCGGGAAGUGUUAUUGUUGUCAACUUAUUGUCAGAUAAAUACUGGACCAAUUACAAUAAAACAAUUACGCUAUUGCAAAAUAAAAUAGACGUCCAUGCAACGUAAUUGCUGUGUCAUUUGUAAAUUCUUUUAACCGACAUUUCUCGCUGCGACCAACUGCUUGCCUGAGUGCGUGUGUAUGUGUGUGUGUGUGGGUACAGUUGGGUAGAAAAAACAACGCAAGACUGGCAGCACCGCAGACCAGUGCUGUGCUGUUGCGCUCAGAAUUGGACGUACAGCGAACAAGCGGAAAGGAAGAGAGCGGAAAAAGCAUACCAAAAGUAAAUGCAAAUGUAUAAUAAUAAUAAUAAAAAACACACAUUAAUAGCCAACCAAUUCGCAUUGCGCGUGCAGACAGUCCCUGUGAAAGCGUAAAAAAGAGAGCGCGACAUAAAAGUUUAAUAUUGGCGUUGCCAAUUUGAUACCAAGUAGCAAAUAUUUGAAGCACUGCAAAAGGAAUAGUGUAGUGAAAGUGCCAGAAAUCGCGGAAAUUUGGUUUAUCAGAAAGUAAACGACAUCAAAAAAAACAAUGUAAAACCCACAUAAUUGAUUUAUGAAAGAUGCGAGGGGGAAAAAAAACGGAAGCCGAGACAGCUAAGACACGAUCUUGCAUAGUAUAUCUAAGAAAUCUACGAGAUUCUCCCGCCGCUACCGUUGGCGCUGAAACUGCAACUUUAUCCAGAAGGUCGCCGCGCAGCAAGUUGUUGAAAUCACCCACUAGUCCAGCCCUUCCUGUCAAAGUGUUGCCCAGGCGAACGACAACGCCAAUGAGGCAAGAACAGCAACUAGAGAAACCCAAGACACCAGCCAUUACUACCAGAGCGCGCCUUGCUUCGGUUACAGAGGGCAAGAAGCUACUUACGGAUUCAGGCUUACCACGAAAGUUGCAAACGUUGCAGCGCAGGCAUUCACUGCGGGCGUCGAUCGCUCAAGAGUCACCAAUACGCUUGUCUGUCAAGCGUCUAACUGCUACUUCCCCAAAAGUAAAGGAGGACCAGACUAAAAUGUACAAACAACACAAGACUGUGGCAGUUGAGGCCUCCCCUCCGCCCACAAUCGCCGCCAGCCGUUCACGUCGCUCCAUCAAACCGAAUCCCAAAUAUGCCAGCGAAGAUAUGGUUACGCCCAAAUAUAUUGGUACCUUCAGCAGUGAUGGUCCUGCCAAGCGUGGAUCGAUCAGGCAACAACAGCUCUUUGGCAACGAUGAUCUGCUCGAUGAUGAAGACAAUGAUGACGAGCUAGCAGAUGCCGCAUACAACCCACAGCUACACAAAUCCGAUGAAGAUGACGACGAUGAAGAGGAACUGAGUGAGAAUGACUUCAAGCAGGAGCUGCGACGCGAGAAGGCUGUCACGUCGACGGUGCUGCCAGUAAAACGCGGGCGUGGACGCCCGCCCAAGCUAAGUGUUACUCCCAAUUCCCAGACACCGUCUUCUAGCGCUUCCAGAAGCGGUAGUGGAGGCACGCAAUUACAGCAGAUGCGGCGCAAUAUGGCCGCAAAUAUGAAACGGUCCAGUCUGUUAGCCUCAAUGUCACCUCCGCCAAGUGGUACACCUUCAUCGGCCAGCAAGCGCAAGCUCGAUGAGAUAACCGCUGGUGGCGAAAUGACGCGCAAGCGUUUAGCCACCGAAGCCAAUGCUCCAGUUAUCAAUGGCAAAACGGCAACUACAACAACAUCGUCAUCAACAACUACGCCUUCUGGUGUAAGCAAACCAAAGCUACUCGCUACCAACACGACCAACAACAAUAGCAGCAGCAAUAACAACAAUAGCAGCAAUAACAACAACAACAAGCAGCGUUCACAAGCAAUUGCAUCAACGGCAUCCGGACGAAUCCCACGCACAGCGCUAUUGGCUGCUAAGCACAAGAUUGGCACCUCAGCGACAUCGCAAUCCUCGCCAGCAAUUACCAAGGCGGUACAGUCAGUGGAUGGUGACAACAACGAUGAUGUGCCUACCUUUACAAUUGUUAAUAUAGAUGACAUUAUCAAUCAAGACGAUGUACUCAUCUCGCGCGCCCAAACUACAAAUGUUGGCAAGAAGGCGACGACGCCGACGGCGGCAGCAGCAUUAUCGGCAGCUAAUUCACGCAAGACGCGUGGCCAGAGUCAGGGAGUUGGUGGUGGCGUCACCUCGACAUCUACAUCCGCUUCCACAUCAUCCUCAGCCAGCACAUCCACCAUCACCACCAGCAGCAGCGCCAACAAGAACAUAAGCUCGUCCAGCUUGGUCCAAUCCCGGCAAACACAGCGCGCCACAACGAACAGCGUUGGCAAAUUUCGAUCAUCGAGCCCGGCAAACAAGCAGACUGAACCUGGAGCGAAACCGCAGCCGCGCAUACUAAAUGCCGAAAUGGGGAAGAAGACUCAACCCAUUAAGCAAUCGCUCAUGAGCAUGGGGAAAGAGCUGUGUGAAAUGAGCAUCGAUGGCGACAACGAUGGCGAUGAUGAUGUCCAGCAUUAUCAGAUACCAGAGGAAAUAAAGCAACAACAACAUGGCCAAAAGCGCGUAAUAAUGACACGUCGUGCGUUGACGAGUUCGAAAUGGCCAACAUCUCUACAAAAGCGUACGGUGCUGACGCCUCCGGUGAAUGCGAAUGCCAAUCGUUUGGGGGGAACGAGUUCUUUGCGUAAGCUUGCCAAUUUGUUGGGCGACAGUGGGUCUCCCGAUGAUGAUGUGUUCAAAAAGCCAGCGAGUCCUUCGCUCCAACAACGACGAUCUAAGGAGAAUGCACUUCAGCAGCACGAUGACGAGGGGCAAGCAAAGUCGGUGGCGGAGUCCAGCACAACAACGGUUAAAAAUCCAACACCAAAAUACUUUCCACCCGAAACGACGAUCAUUUGUGAGGAGGAUGGCCGUCUUGUAAAGAAGAUCACAUGCUAUGAAACUUGGCAUGUUAUCAGUGCACCCAAAGAUUCUGCAUCAGAGGAGAAUAAAACACGCCGGGAACGCGCCUGCCUUGAGGUACCGCUCAUCAAAUUGGCCAAUGUGGCGGCCCGCAUAAAGGUCCCGUCCCUGAAAUGGGCCAGCAAGGUGACGCUCUACAAAGUGUCGCCGUCGACAAUGCAGCGCCAAACGAUGACGAUAUACACAGGGGAUCUGAAAUCAUUUAAUAUACCCGAAGAGGAUCGCCACAAAUAUCAGCCCUCGUGUGUCCUCUUUCGUCGCACUGCAGUGGACAAAAUUAAUUGCCGAGUACCGUACGAUCGUGCGGUCAUUUUUAAGAACAAGUCCUUCUUUGCCAAUAUAGAGGGCAAGAAUGUCAAUCUCAUUGGGGCGCCCAGGGCGAUUACGUGUGUUAAGGAUGUGGAAAUAUUGCUGGACAUUGUCGACAGCCUGUCGUUGUCGAGUUCCAUCGUUGAGACGGUGGCUCCAACCAAGUAAUUGUAUAAUAGCUCUGUGCAUAUAUACACAAAAAAAAAAGAAGUGUAUCAUUAGAGUGGAGGAGGAUUGGAGGACGUCGAUUCAUGCAUAUUAAAAUUUGUUUUAGCGUUAGAGAAGACGUUUUUUUUUUUCAUAUCUAUAUAUAUAAAUAUAUAUUUAUAUAUAUAACUAACUCUAAUUCUAUAGAAAUAGCUUUUAAUAGUUGUAUUUAAUUAGUUGUCCGUUACAUAUAUACUCCACGAAAUCGAAAUAGACCAACACACACACAGAGAUUGGCAAUUCAUAGUUGGUCCAUUGAUAUAAAAUCCCAUGAUUAUAUUAUCAAUCAGAGCUUAUGCUUACGAUUCAGGAGCAUGGACUAACGGGCUUUUUUACUUUAAAAAAGUUCUAAGCUGUAAAUACAAAGAAAAGGAAAAAACAGAAAUGAUUUUUUACAUCAUAGAUAA